CCCCAGUGAACAGUGACACUGAGCCAAGUCGAACUCCAAUGAGUCCAAUAGCUUCUCAUUGCCCAGCAUGCAGACCUCCAUGUUUAGUGAAUCCACCGCCCAGGAGGAGGGAGCAGAAGUUCAAGGUCAACUUGGCAAACUCAAGAAAACCAAAACUGAACUGCUUCAGAAGAUCUCUCUCCUCAAGCAUCAGAUUGUGGACAUUGAGACGCAGGAGAAUGAAGCAAUAAGGGAGCUGGAGAUGGAGCGAGCGCUGCUGGACGGGGAACACCAGAUGGAGAUGGAACAGCUCCAGCGUGACCAGGAGAAGAUCAACAAUCUCAAGCGACAGCAAGCCGACCUCAUCCAGCAAGCCAACCUGCAGCGAGAGAAGGAGCUGCAGAUCCUGGAGCAGGAGCGAGGCAAGCUGCGCGAGUUGGAGGAGAAACACUACGAGACGGAGCAACAGCUGGAAGGUUGCGAGGCAACGGAGGAAGAGGAGACGUUGCAGGAGAAGUACCAGCUGGAGCAGGAGGUCCUCGACAACCAGCGGAGGAUCUACGAUGACCUGGAGUUCCAGCAGUUUGAGAGAGAGAGUCGGUUCGAGGAACAGAAGGAGCACCUGAAUGACCAAGUUGUACAGGACAAGAACAUUCUUCUGAAGAAAUACAAGGCAAGGGAGGAACGACUCCAAGAAAUCGACCAUCAGCAGAAAGACAUGAUCAGUGUUGUCAAGAAUGACCUUGAAGGUCUGGAGAAGGAUCGCCUCCAACUGGUCGACCUCUUCAGAAAGGAGAAAGCUAAAGUGACUGAGGUUGACCAGCAGAUUCAGGCACUGUGUCAGUCGCUGGCGCUGCCUGAUCCAGAUGAGUCAGGAGACUCUAGUGCCUUCUUAUCAGAUCUAGAACUGGAGGAGACUUCGUUCCGAAGGAGAGACUACCUGGAGAGUCCAGUGAGGAAGCUGUCUCGGAGUGACAUUCCUGUAGAUCACGAACGGAAGAAGUCCGCAACAUUGGAAGAUAUUGAAAGAAACAGAUCACUUUUCUUGGAACAGCAAGGGAACAUAAUAAUCGACCAGGAACGUAAGCGUAUUGAGGAGCUGAAGCGUCGUGCUGCAGACGAGGGGCGGGCGCAGUGGGAGGAACGACGGUUACGAGAAAGUAACUGUAAAAGUUUCAACUCCCUGGAGUCCGAGGAUUCCAGCAUCGCGAGCAGCUGUGAAACCCCCUCCGAGAAGGAGACAAGUUUAAGCAGUGGAGAGGGGCAGCUGGAGAAACUUGCAGAACUGGAGCUGCUUCUAGCACAGGCACAGGCAGACAAGCUCCAUCUGGUGGAAGAACAGGUACAUUUUCGUGAAGCUGAGAUGAUGGCUCUCCACGAAGAGAGACAGAAGAGAGAAGUACUGGAGAGGAAGUUACAGGAGGAGACACUGCUCCGUGAGGAACUGGUGCAGCAACAGGUCAAGAUGAGGGAAAAACAGAUACAGCAGGCACGGCCAUUGACACGGUAUCUACCAAUCAGAAACAAGGAUUUUGAUCUCCGACAACACAUAGAGACCGCGGGUCACAGCAUCGACUCGUGUCCCCAGGUGAACGUCACUCCCACUAGUUGCCGUGGUUUCCUACACAAGAUGGGGAACAAGUUCAAAACGUGGCAUAAACGAUGGUUCGUGUUUGAUCGAGUGAAGCGAUCAUUGUUGUACUACGUGGACAAAGGCGAGACCAAAGCACGGGGAGGGAUAUAUUUUCAAGCAAUCGAGGAAGUUUACGUCGAUCAUCUCCGGACGGUGAAAAGUCCGAACCCUAAACUGACAUUCUGUGUAAAAACCUAUGAUAGGACGUAUUACCUCGUGGCGCCUACUCCGGAGGCGAUGAGGAUUUGGAUUGAUGUCGUUUUCACAGGUGCUGAAGGGUAUCAACAGUUUCUAUGAUAUCAUUAUGUUCAUGAUAUCGACUGAUAUCACAGUGCUGAUGGACCAUAUUUGCUUGUAUAGCAACCUGUCGAUACAGUGCUACUUACAAUGUGACCAUAUGAGUUUCUAUUUGUGAUUGAACCAAAGUUUGGUUCCCAGGAUGUGCCUGUUCUGAAAUGAUGUCACUUACUUUUCGGGAUGAUGUCACUUCCUGUGAAGGAUGUGAUUUUUUAUGGGAUUUGCGAUGUCACUUCCUGCCUGAUGACAUCACUUCCUGUCUGCUGGCUGCUCAAAGCAUGAUUAAAUUUUAAUGGUUUUAUUUUAGUCAUAUUUUAAUGCAUACGAUCUGAUUUCACUUUUAGUUUUUUCAUGAAUUUUUGUUUUGUCUCUGUGUGAUUUUAUGGGUUCAUUGUAUUUGUGAAUAUUCGGUUUUUAUUUGUUGUGUUUAAUCUGCUAACGAAUUAAUGUCGAAGCCUUGAAACAAUACUGGGUGUAAAUCACAAGUGUAUUGUGUAUCACACAAACAUGACACAAAAUAAUGUCAAUAGUAUGUACAUUUAAUUCAAUAAUUUUGUAAAGAUUCUUCAUGCAAAAUUGUAAUAUAUAUUGUUCAGAACAAAACGAAUGUAAAUUUUCCAUAUUCAUGAAAUAUUUAUCAAACAAGGUGAUUUCAUAGGGCAAAUAUCCUCAAAUUUUGUUGGUCAUGAAAAGUAAGUGAAAAUUUGCUUUUAUUAAACUAAAUGUUCCUAUUAGUAUACGUGCCUGUGUUCACUGACUGACUGUCGUGUAUUACCUCUACAGAAUCCUGAUAUUCGGCGUUGGAGAUAUCCAUGCGUCUUUAUGUCUUGCAUUUAAGAAACUUGAGUUAAUUGGUGAUAUAUUUGUUUCAAACAUCAGGAUUCACCAAUUUAAUUUUCUCUUAUUAUAGAUUUCUUGGACAAUAUGCCCAAAUUGAGAUAGCGAAAUAGAAGCUAAAAAUAUCAAGCAAGUGUAAUUCAAGGUUAAUUUGUUUGAUAUAAUAUUCCCCCGAUAACAUUUCUUGUAAAACAAUGUUUAACGUUUUUUUAAUAUUAUUGAAUUUAUUAUAACCAUUGUUAUUUAAGUUUUUGUAAAAUAAUAUACAAUAGUUUGUUAUACCGUACAUAAAGUGAAUGUUCUUACUUUGACAUAAGAAUGAAAUGUCAAUGUAAAAUGAUUCAUUUUCAAAUAUGAUUCAAAUUAAUUCAUAAUUGGUAUUUUACAUCUGCGUGACGAUGAAGUGUUGAAGACAAAAUGGAAUUUGAAUCGAUUCCCUGGUUUAACACUUGCACCAUGUCAAGGUGAUUUCAGGUAUUUUAGGAUUGACAAAGAUUUAAUGAAACUUAACAUCUGGGGUCAGGUGUUAUUCGAUAAUUUUGUUUUACACUUUAGUUGGCCUCAGAUCACAUGUCAUUACAACACUCGAGCAUCAUGUCUGGCAGAUGAGAUUUUUCAGUUGAUACUUUUGUGUUGUACAGGGAUGGCAAUUUUCCGCUGAUCCGCAGAUUUCCGCUGAUUUUAUUUCAAAUUGUUCAAUUGUGAAUCAUCUAAAUCCAUUGAGAAACCCUCAACUCGAUGACACAAUAUUAAGUUUUCAGCUGAAAAUAGAUUUCCCUGUUGCCAUCCCAGGUUGUACUUGUUGGAAACUUUGGUUUUAAGUCAGUUUUGUUAAAUUUCUAAUAUGUGAUAUUUUGGUCAUGGGGUGAACUUUGACCUGGGUUAGAGCAAAGGUUAAGGGUUAUGUUGUGGAUUGUUCUUCGGAAUCAUCACUGUAUCAGCUUCUGUUGAAAGUUUCAUCACUGUUGUCAUGGUAACCAAACUGAACAAAACGAGCACAUUUUGUGUAAUCUUUCUGAAUCUUGUGUCUUUUGAACCAGGUGAUCAGAAUAUACAAAGAGAAUCUAAGAAUUACUAUCUAACAAAGUUUGUUUUAAGAAUAAAAAGGGCAUUUUCGAUAGUAAUUAUAAAUAUAGAAUCUUCUGAAAGAUAUUUGGUAUAUUAACACUUAAAACUAAUGUGUAAUGUACUCAUGU